UGCUCAGCGGGGAAAAGAACAUGUUUCCCGCGGCGUUGCUCGCACUCAGAGCCCGAUAGAGGUCCAGGGCGAAGACACUAUUAGCACGAGUGAGACCAUCCAUGACUGACUGAUAUCACUGCAUAGAAACACAAAUUCUCAGAAGUCCGGCAGACAGGAAUAGGGUGUGUGUCAAUUCCAAUAAAGUAGACACUGCCCUUCCAUGUCCUGCAUUUCUUAACAACAGAGCCAUGGAGGGGCAGGAAUCACAGGUCAAAGAGCUUGGCAUGAGUCGACAGACAUUUUAUCGCCACCUUGAAAGAGUAGAGACAAUGCGUAGCUACUGGGAGCUUAAACAGGUCCAACUGAAGAGUCUGGAACAGCUGAGAGAUAAGGAUGGAAAGGAGAAAUCUAAAGUGUACCCAAAGGGUUUGAAAACCCAGAAGAAAAAGAAACCACUAGAUACAACAGACUUAGUCUCAGCUGGUUUAGAAGACGUGCAAAAGCUCAAUGAACAGAACACUCAGCUUUCCCACUGUGCAGCAGAGACAGCAGCCAGCACAGCAGUUCCCCUGGAUCUUAUUGAGGAGGAGCAAGAAGGAGAAAGAUAUAGGGACAAAAAGGCAGUGGUGGAGGAAGAGCCAAGAGAUGAAGAAACUGUAGCUGAAUUGUUGCUGAUAAAAGAGGAAGACAAAAAGGAGGAAGAAGAGGAGACAGAGAAAGAGGAGGAAUUAUUGUUGUCAGAGGAAAUCCAACUAGCUGCUUCAAAUUCAUCUGGCCUGACCAAUGAAAGCAUCACAAUCACACUAGAAAGCCACGAGGAGCAUCUGGACAUAACUUGCAGCACUAAGAGGCAUGUUUCUGAUGAGAAUCUGGAGACAGAUGACCUUAAAAAAAGCAGAGUGGAGGAGGCUUCAGAGGAGGAGGAGAAGGAGGGAUUAAAAGAGGAAGAAGAGGCAAGACCUGAAGCUGCAGAGGAGCCAGUACUUGAAGAAUUUGUCAUUGAUUCCUCACCUCCUCCACCUGCACCAUUUGAACAUCGUCUAGUCACAACCAAAACCCACCAGAUUACCAGCUACUACACUAUCAAUAAAGAGGAAGUUCUUGGAGGAGGUCGCUUUGGCAUGGUGCACAAAUGUGUGGAGAAAUCUUCUGGGCUCAUAUUAGCAGCCAAGAUAAUUAAAGCCAGGAGUCCGAAAGAGAAGGAGGUAGUGAAGGGUGAGAUUGAGGUAAUGAACCAGCUGAGCCACUCCAAUCUGAUCCAGCUCUACGCCGCCUUCGAAUCUCGCCAUGAAAUCAUUCUUGUGAUGGAGUAUGUUGAUGGUGGAGAGCUGUUUGACCGGAUCAUAGAUGAAAACUAUAAACUGACAGAGUUGGACACAGUGCUGUUCAUCAGGCAGAUCAGUGAAGGGCUUCAGUAUAUGCACAAGAUGUACAUAUUGCACCUUGACCUAAAGCCUGAAAACAUUCUGUGUGUCAGUCGACAAACGAACAAGGUCAAGAUCAUUGACUUUGGGCUUGCAAGGAGAUACAAACCCAGGGAAAAGUUAAGGGUGAACUUUGGUACACCUGAGUUCCUGGCCCCUGAAGUGAUCAACUAUGAAUUUGUCUCAUUCCCAACUGAUAUGUGGAGUUUAGGUGUCAUAACUUACAUGCUGCUUAGUGGCCUGUCACCAUUCCUGGGUGAGGAUGAUAAUGAGACACUUAAUAACAUCCUGGCCUGUCAGUGGAGUUUUGAAGAGGCAGAGUUUGCCGACAUCUCUGAGGAAGCCAAAGACUUCAUCUCACGCCUCCUUGUGAAGAGCAAGAGUUGGAGAAUGAGUGCGUCCCAGUCACUGAAACACCCAUGGCUUUCCGACCAAGGGCUUCAUUACCGUCUGCACCAGAAGAAAAACAAGUGUCACUCUUCACAUGCCCCUCCUCCACAGGCAUAAACAGAAGCAAUCACUGGCUCUCCUAGUGGCGUGGCGACAAACUGGACCAAUACUGCUUGAACAGUUACAUCUAUUUAAUCUUACAGUUACAUACUGUGUUUUACAAAGACUGUUUCCUAAUUACCUCAACACAACAGCUCAGAAUUUUUCCAACCUUGUUUGCUGAAACAAUACUGCCCACCAUUAUGGUACAAGAAUAUUUCACCAUUUUGUAAUGGUAAUUCAUGGUAACCAUUUAUGGCUGUAUGAGAAACUAUCCCUGUGCUUUAGUCCUAGGUUAAUUGGGCUGUGCGGCAAUUUGAACUUUUUGAGCUGUGGUCUUUUAUGAUAAUACUACAGUUAUUUGGUCUUAGUGCAGUUUACAAUAGGCCAGGAUAGGAGGAAGUAAACUUAUGGCUUUGAGGGCAAAGGAGAAAUCAUAAUUCGAACUCUGUUCACACAAAUGUAUUAAGUUAGUUGUCAUACUUUGAGUCUUAUGGUAAUUUUCUGUAUUUUUUAAUUAUAGGUAGCACUGCAAUCACUUGAUAUUUAUGAAGACAUUGCAGGGUUUUCACAGAAAUUCACACAGGAAACUGUACUGUAUUUUACACUUGAAACACUAGCACACGUAAUGUCUAAAUCCUGUAAAUGAUCUAUUUUCUGCCAGUUGUCAAGAGGUCCAAGACCUAAGGGGAUCUUGGAGUUUGUCUUUGGCAUGUACCACCCUCAUGUUCUUCCAAAUCCAUAUGACUCUCUUUCUUCUGUGGAACAGGAAAACACGGAGAUGCUUAGCAGUAUGUCUGAGCUGCUCUCUUUUAUACAAUGAAAGUGGAUGGGAAGCAGCUGCUGUCAAACUCCAUAAAGGAAAACAAAAGCCCCAUUCAAGCAUCAUAAAAAGUAGUCUAUGUCUUGUGCACUAUAUAUAAGUCUUUUUAAGCCAUAUGAUAGCUUUGUGUGAGAAACAGACUGAAAUUUGUGUUGUUAUUUAGUGAAAAGAUUUGCUUGAAAAUCUUGUUAGACAGCCAUGGUCACCUUUCUUUUUCAUUGUGUGGAAAAGAGCAGCUUGGACAUUCUGCUGAAAAUAACUUCUUUUGUGUUCCAUGGCAUGUCAUGCACAUUUGAAAGUUUUUGUGUGGACUAUUCCUUUACUUUUAAAGUGUUAGUUCACCCAAAAAUGAAAAUUCUCAUGAUUUACUCACCCUCAUGCCAUCCCAGAAAUGUAUGGCUU